AGACCCAGAAUACUUUAUAUAAAGACAGCCCUCUGCCCAGGGCCUCAGCCUGAAUGACUUCGUGCCUGCUGAGGAGGGUCCCACUCACCCACCUGCAUCAGGACCAUGUGUGACCAGCAGCAAAUUCAGUAUUGCCUGCCGCUCCCCCAGUGCUGCGUCAAGGGUUCCUCCUUGGGUCCCUCCCAGUUCUCCGGUGCCGACAGCCAGGUGGUAGUCCCAGCUCCUUGUGGGAUGCAAAUUUUAGGGUGCCCUGUACCAUGCCAAGUUCAAGUUGCCCAGGCUCCCUGCCAGUCCCAGACCACCCAGGUGGAGUGCCAGGCUCCAUGCAAGUCUAAGACCACUCAGGUGAAGUGCCAGGCUCCCAGCAAGACUAAAACCACACAGGGGAAGGGCCAGGCCCCCUCCCAGUCCAAGACGACCCAGGUGGAGUGCCAGGCUCCGAGCCAGACUCAAGUUUCCUGUGUCCAGUGCCAGGCUCCAGGCCAGUCUGGGGUUUCCUACGUGCAAUACCAAGUCCCAGGCCCUGCUCAGACUUCCUAUGUAGAAUGUGCUCCAGUUUAUUAUACAGAAACUUGUUAUGUGAAAUAUCCUGUCCAGACCUAUGUACCCGUUCUAGCUCCUCAACCUGUCACUACUUAUGUAGAAUGUUCCCCAGUGUCCCAGGCUCAGGGAAGCUUCUCCACCCAGUAUCAGUAUCAAGGCUCCUACGGUGGCGGCUGUGUCCCCCAGCGUCAGUCCCAGGGUUCCUACACCAGCUGUGCCCCGCAGUUAUACUCAGGGGCCUCCUACAGCGGCUGCGCCCCCCAGCGCCAGUCCCAGGCUUCCUACAACAGCUGCGCCCGGCAGUUUUACUCGGGAACCUCCUACAGCAACUGCGCCCCGCAGCGUCAGUCCCAGGCUUCCUACAGCAGCUGCGCCCCGCAGCGUCAGUCCCCGGCUUCGUUUAGCACUUGUGCACCUCAGUGCCAGGCCCAGGGCUCCUAUGGGAGCUUCAGUGGGCAGCGUCGGUCUCAGAGCACCAGCCGAUGCCUCCCUUCUCGUCGGCUGGAACCUUCUUACAGCAGCUGCUCCCCACCACGACGUUUUGACCCCUGCUACAGCAGCAGCCUGCCAUCAAGAUGUUCUCCUGGUUCCUACAAUUACUGCACUCCACCCCGCCGCUCCGAGCCCAUCUACCACAGCCACAGUUCUCCGCGCUCCAGUGCAGGCUGCUCCCAGAGAUGUGGACCCAAGUGCCGGAUAGAGAUUUCAUCCCCGUGCUGUCCCAGGCAGGUUCCACCACAGAGAUGUCCUGUCCAGAUCCCCCCCAUCAGAGGACGCUCCCGGAGCUGCGCUCCACGACCAUCCUGCUGCCCAGAGGCGAGGCCACGUGUAGAGCCACGUCCCCUCCCAAGGUCCUGCUCGCCGCCUCGCCGUGGCCGAUGUCCAGAGCCAUCCCAACCACGAUGCCCGCUUCCUGCUCCGCGUCUGUGUCCUCGCCCAGAACCACGGAUAAAUCCGGAGCCUCGCCCAUGCCCUCCUCAAAGGCAAUUUUCAGAACCUCGUUUGUGUCCGGAACCCCGUCCAGUACCACGUCCAGCUCCAAGUGUAGCUCCAUGCCCAACUCCAAGACCUCGCCGACAGCAAUGUGAGGACCCAUAUCCAUGCCCGGAGCCUAGGGAGUAUGCAGAGCCGGUUCCCCUUCCAGCUCCAUGCUCAAGCCCAGAGCCAUGUGGGGAGCCUAUUCGCUGUCCCAGCCCCUGCCUAAACCCAAAUCCAACUCCAUUCCCCCCAGAUGCUGGCUGUCAUGAGUCCAGUCCACGCUGCCUCGACACAGAGGGUUCCAGCUGUGGCCCAUGUAAUUACAGCCAGGGGCAGGAGAGUGGCGCUGGCUGUGGAUCUGGAGAGGUGUUUCCAGAACCUCAAGGUCUAGGUGGUUGUGGAGACCAGGGAAACACGGGCGCUGGAGUGAAAGGUGGGGCUUGCGUUGGAACAAAGAGUGCCUACUUUUGAAGAAAUGUGGCUGAGAUAGCCCUGCCUGGUGCUCUGGAAAUACCGUUCUUUCCUUUUAUUCCAGCAGCCACAGUUUCCAAUGUGUUCUUGUUUGCUUCUCGCCAAAAAUGUUUAGGGGCUUCUUUCCUCCAGUCUCCUUUGCAUGCCAUUUCAAGUUUCACACCUGGUCCUCAGACACCUCUCCAGUCUUUUAUCUGGGGCUUUCCCCUUUUUACAUCUUUAAUUCUAGCCUGACCAGCCUGGCCGCCAGGUGCAUCUUGAACAUUUCUAGGUGUCCUUGCCGCUAAGCCCGUACCCACUCUCUCUUCCUCUGCCUGGACCAUUUUUCUUCUGUUGCCCUGCAUCUGCAGUCCAAUUAUUUUUCAAUUCCUCUUCCUUGCAGGCUUCUUUGCCUGUUCCUACUCAUAGCAGCCUAUACUGACUUCCUAAAAUUCAUAGCUUCGGUCACUCCAUCCAGGAGGCCACUACUUUGGAAUGUCUCUUGAACUGUUAUUUCCCUUUCAGGUGGUCUGUCUUAUUUGCCAAGUAGAUUGUAAACUCCCUUCCAAGCGGAGUCAGAAUAUUAUUGAGCUUCUGUGCCUGUCUCGGAGCAGGCAACUUUACCGAGACUUGGGAUUUGGCAUCUUGAGCCAUGUUGUAUUUGAUGGGCAACGGUAGCCACUGAGACAACAGGAGGCCAGAUAACAGUAAAGAUCAUGAUGCGCUCACAGCCUGGACUCUGAGUAGCUUUUUACAUCUUCCUGACUGAUGCUGAGGUUUAUUUUAAUUUGUGAUAAAAAUGCAUGUAAUCUAAAGUUUAUCAAUUUAGCCAUUUUUAAGUAUGCUGUUCGGUGGAAUUAAGUUCCUUUAGGCUACACUUAAUAUGCUGGAAUAAACAAGAUUUCAUAAAUA